AUGACUCCCUCGACGUCGAUAGAUACCACCAAUUCCACGGUAGUCGAGUCCCCCUAUUCCCUUGACAUCGAGCCCACCGACGUCGUCUCGUUUGUCUUUUCGUCCGGCACCGCCUCGUCGCGACAGAAGCCGCAAUACUUCGACACCGGCAGACCGUCGGAAUGUUUCAGCCUCGGCCAGGCCGAGACCUACGUCAAGCAGAUCGGUCAGGGCCUCCAGUCGCUGGGCCUGCAGCCCGAUGACAAGGUGCUCGUGUUCUCGCGGAAUCGACUCUUCUUUCCCGUCGUCUUGUGGGGGAUUCUGGCUGCCGGCUGUGUCUUUACGGCGGCAUCUCCGUCAGCAUCGGUUUCAGAACUAGAAUAUCAAUUACGCGACUCACAAGCCAAAAUGCUCCUCACCAGUCCCGACAGCGCCUCUGUGGCCCUAGACGCCGCCGCGAGACUCGGCCUGUCCCGCGACAAGAUAUAUCUGUUCUGUGAUGUGGACGAGGACCUGUCCAAAUACCCGCCUGCCGUGCUUCAGCUGCGGCCUUGGACUGAUUUCUGGCACCGGAAAGAAGAGACCUCCUCCUGGUCGUGGAAACGAAUCACGACCUUGGAAGAGGCGACGUCGACCACGGCGAUUUUGAAUUAUUCUAGUGGCACGACCGGUUUCCCCAAAGGUGUCGAGAUCUCCCACUACAAUGUCAUAUCCAACUCGGCGCAAUUGCUCCACAAGCGCAACCUGGACCCUACCACGACACAAGGCCGGGCCCGGGUGGCACGCCUGCAGACGUCAGGCGAGAGAUGGCUGGCACCGCUUCCGAUGUACCAUGCAUUUGGCCAAAUGUACUAUUGCAUCAACGCAGCCCGCCAACAAGCCAAAGUCUUCAUCAUGGCUCGCUUCGACCUGAGUCAAUACCUCCUGUAUCUGGACAUCUAUCGCAUCACCUUCAUGACCAGCGUGCCCACCAUCAUGACCAUGCUCACCAAACACGCCCGACCAGACACAUACAAUCUCCACGCCGUCGAGAUGGUCACCAGCGGCUCCGCGCCCCUGAGCCCCGAGCUGGCCAGGAAGUUCGAGCAAAUGUACCUGAGGCGCGGCGUCCAAGUCAAGCAGGGCUGGGGGUUGACCGAGACAACGUGUUCGAUCACGGGGUUUGCGCCGGAUGAUGUCGAUGAUGGGAGGUCCAUCGGCUGGUUGAAUCCCAAUUGUCGCGCUAAGAUCGUGCCCUUGCCCGACCAGGACCGCGAUCGCGACUUUGCUGCUUCGACCCCGUCGGGCCUGACGGCCACGCCCAACACCGGCGAGAUCUGGGUCUCCGGGCCUAAUGUCAUGAAAGGCUAUUACAGAAAACCGCGGGAGACGGCCGAAGUCAUUGUGGUGGAAGACGGGAUUCGUUGGCUUCGCACGGGCGAUGUGGGCUAUAUCGACAAGCGGGGGUGUCUUUAUAUCGUGGAUAGGUUGAAGGAACUGAUCAAAGUCAAGGGCCUGCAAGUCGCCCCCGCAGAGCUCGAACUCGCCCUCGUUUCUCACCCGGACGUCGCAGAAGCCGCGGUGGUCGGGGCCAAAAUAAACGGCGCCGAGUAUCCACGAGCCUUCGUCGUACGCAGAGCCGGCUCGGUCACAGUCACGGAACAAGAACUCAUCGACCUGAUCAAGCAACGAUUCGCACCGCACAAAUGGCUGACUGGAGGCGUUUUCUUCAUCGACGCCAUCCCGCGAACUGGGAGCGGGAAAGUCAUGCGACGUCAUUUGCAGCCCGGCACCGGUGCUGGGUCCCAGGCCUCCCUGGCAUCUGUAUCUCAAUCUCCAUCUCGGCAAAGUAAACUAUGA